UCUCUCUCUCUACUAUAUAUAUAUAUAUAUAAAUGAAUGAAAAGCAAAAUUAAAUAUUGACUAGUAAUGGCUUAACUCUCUCUAUCCCACCCUCAAACAAAUAAAGGGAAAUUAAUCUUCACCCAUUGCCCCCAAUGCCUUCCUCUUUCUUUCGACACAGAACAUGCCACAGCUUCACUGCCACCACUCCCCACUCUUUCUCUCUCUUAUCCUUCUCGCUCUUCCCCAUGUACUGGGCGCCGGCCACGACUACGCUGAUGCAUUGUCGAAAUGCAUCCUGUUCUUCGAGGGGCAACGCUCGGGGAGCCUGCCCGCGGGGCAACGGGUCCGGUGGAGGGGCGAUUCAGCGUUGUCUGAUGGGCAGGCGGGCGGGGUCGAUCUGGAAGGAGGCUAUUACGAUGCGGGGGACAAUGUCAAGUUUGGGUUUCCUUUGGCCUUCACGACGACGAUGUUGGCGUGGGGGAUGAGUGAAUUCGGGGCCCCCGGUGAGGUCAGCAAUGCGAUGGUCACAAUACGCUGGGCCACAGACUACCUCCUCAAGGCAGUCUCGCAGCAUGGCCGGGUGUUCGUGCAGGUUGGUGAUCCAGUUCAGGACCACAAUUGCUGGGAGAGACCAGAGGACAUGGACACCCCUCGAACUGUAUACAGUGUCGAUGCUGCGAAUCCUGGGUCAGAGGUGGCUGCAGAGACAGCUGCAGCAUUGGCCGCUGCCUCCAUCGCUUUCCGAUCCUCGGACUCGGCAUACUCACAUACAUUACUCCAAAAUGCUAUCCGAGUGUUUGAAUUUGCUGAUAGUUAUAGAGGAGCUUAUAGUGAUAAUCCGAGCUUGAAACCUGGAGUCUGCCCUUUUUACUGUGACUUUGAUGGUUAUAAGGAUGAAUUGUUAUGGGGAGCUGCAUGGCUUCGAAGGGCAACCGGAAAUGAGACAUACCUUAAUUACGUUCAAAAUAAUGAAAGGAUCCUUGGUGCGGACGAAAAUAUCAACGAGUUUGGUUGGGAUAAUAAGCACGCUGGACUCAAUGUACUCGUAUCUCAGGAAUAUCUUGUAGGGCAUGAGAUGUCUCUUCAAUCGUACAAGGAGUACGCAGAGACCUUCAUAUGCACCCUGAUCCCCGACUCUCCCUCCCCCCACAUCCAAUACACCCCCGGCGGUCUCAUCUACAAGCCCGGCGGCAGCAACAUGCAACACGUCUCGGCCAUCGCCUUCCUCCUUCUCGCUUAUGCCAACUACCUCUCUCUCUCCUCCCAAACCCUCUCAUGUGGGACUCUCAUGGUCAGCCCCGCCACUCUACGCACCCAAGCCAAAAGACAAAAGCAGCAGGAAAAUGCACAAAAUGAGCCUUUAUCAUUUUCAAACUUCAUUUGCCUUCAUCUCUCACAAAGUGGUUAGUGAGGACAAGAGUUCAUACAUUCACCCAAAGAGAAGAAUUCACUGAUGCUCCACAAUCUUCCUCUGAAGAAGACUUUCUUGCCCAUGUCUUGUAAAAAAUAUGAGAGAGAGAAAUAAUUGGAACCCUAGAAUAAGUUUGUCUUCUCUUUUCUAGGGUUCCGUGGGCUUAGGUUAGUUGAAUGUUGUCUACCAUUAUGUAGGCCCAUCAAUAAUUUAACGUUUCACUACACACCAAGGUUCGAAUCCGAUACUAACCUGUUGAAAGUAAAUAUUGUUUUUUUUUUUUUUGAGUAAUUUAGUGUGGCUGACGAGCCUCUACCUUUUUUUUAAAAUCUUUUUUACUGCAUUAGGUGAGAAUAGAAGCCUAAAACUUAGCUGGAGCACAAGUGAUACUACCACCACGACCCCAACCCCAUUUUCAAGUAAAUAUUGUAUUCCUCACCAAACAGAGCAUAAAUAUUACGAAUCACAAAUUUCUCUUUCAAAAUAACAUUUCCACAUCAAGUUGAGAACAUAAAAUAUUUCUCGAACCAAUUUCUCUCGGUAUGUGAUGCUUUCUUGGGUUGGAUUGUA